AUGUCUUUUGAUAUAACUAUUCUGGGAUCUUCAGGAGGUCCUUUAGAAGGAAUAACAUGUUCAUAUAUUCUUAAACCAUCAUAUAUCUCUUAUAAAUCAAUAAUUGAAGAUAAUUUAUCCCAAUAUCUAAUAGCUAUAGAUGCUGGUUCAGGUUUAAAUAGAAUUACUGAAAUUAUAACUAAUGAAAAAUCAAAUUCAAAAGAAUCAAUUGCAAAUAAAAUACUGAGUUAUUAUGAAGAUUCAUUAUCUAUACAACAUUAUAUUCAUCAUUCAAUAUCAAUAAAUCAUCAUUAUAACAUUUGCACCGAAAUAAAUUCAUCACCAAUUGAAUUAAGUUUUAAAAUAUUGAAUUUAAUCAAUACAUAUCUUAUAUCACAUCCACAUUUAGAUCAUAUAAAUGGUUUGAUAAUAAAUUCUGCAGCUUUCCAUAAUCAAUCAAAUAAAUCAAAAUUAGUUUAUGGUUUAAAAGAAACAACUGAAGCUUUACAAAAAUAUAUUUUUAAUGAUAUAAUAUGGCCAAAUUUAAUUCAUGAAUCAAAUGGAAUUUCAUUUUUAGAUUUAAUUGAUAUAAUACCUAAUGAAUCAAUUCAAUUAAAUGAAAUUUAUAAAGUAAUACCAUUUGAAAUAAAUCAUGGUACAAAGCAAUAUACAAAUUUAGAAUAUAAAAGCACAUCAUUUUUGAUUAAAGAUUUAAAUAAAAAUCAAUACAUUUUAAUAUUUGGUGAUGUUGAAUCUGAUAAAAAUUCCAAAUUCCCCAAGAAUAAAUUCAUUUGGGAAUCUAUAUCAGAUUUAAUAACAACUGGACGAUUGAAAAGUAUAAUAAUUGAAUGUUCAACUCCAAAUUUACCAGAUCAAGAACCAAGAUUUGGUCAUUUAACACCAGAUUCUUUAAUUGAUGAAUUGAAAAUUUUACAAAAUAUAAUUUUAAACAAAUCUGAUACAAGUCCAACACCACCAUUAAAUGGAUUAAAUAUCUUAAUUACUCAUGUUAAAGAAAAUAAAUUUGGUAAAGAACCAAGAAAGAUAAUUUUAAAUGAAUUAAACGAAUUGAAUGAAAAAUAUAAUUUAGGUUGUCAAUUUAGUAUACUUUUAACUGGAUUGACUUAUACCGUGUGA